AUGAGCAGCUCCCCUGCAAGCCUGACUCUCUCCAGAGGCCGAGUGCUGACCUACCUGUCCCUCCACGGGUCCGUGGGGACGCGGAGGGGGCAGCAUCUGAGGAUGACGGGCACCCCACCGCAGCAGGCCCAGGCUGGCUGGGCCCCGGCACUGGCUUUCAGGGUAGCCUGCCUCUUUGCCUUCCCCCACACCCCAGGCAGACGCCAGCCCUGCCGCCUCCUGUGGGCCCACUGGAGCCCCAGCCAAGACAGCUGCGCGGGCGUCCGCGACGGGGUCUCCAGGCCAGGGCAGUGUGGUCCUGGGGAGCCCGCCCCCCGCCGCCUGGCCCCGCCCCACGCAGCCCGGCCCUGA